AGCCGCAAAGGCACAUAUUAUAGAGAGGAGAGCCAUACUGAAGAAGAAAGAAUACGCCUCCUUCUUCCUUUCUUCUUCUUCUUCCUUCUUCACUGUGUAACUCUCCCACCGACGCCAAAUGGGGGACGUAAUUCUCUCAGAUCUGUGGACUCUAAUUCUGAUUCCGAUUUGUGCGAUUAUCGGACUCGUUUUCUCGCUUAUCCAGUGGGUUAUCGUCUCCAAAGUCAAGGUUUCGCCGGAGACUCCAUCUGCUGCUAACAACGGCAAGAACGGCGGCUUCUCUGAGUCCUUGAUUGAGGAGGAGGAAGGUCUAAACGACCAUAACGUCGUCCGUAAAUGCGCCGAAAUUCAGAAUGCUAUAUCUGAAGGAGCAACCUCCUUCCUUUAUACUGAGUAUAAGUAUGUUGGUGUUUUCAUGGCUGCUUUUUCUGUAUUGAUCUUCCUUUUCCUCGGUUCUGUGGAGGGUUUCAGUACACAGAGUCGGCCGUGUACAUAUGAUGGCAGCAAAACAUGCAAGCCUGCUCUUGCUACUGCUCUCUUCAGCACCAUAGCGUUUAUACUAGGAGGAAUCACUUCUCUGAUUUCUGGAUUUCUUGGAAUGAAAAUCGCUACUUAUGCUAAUGCAAGGACGACCUUGGAAGCAAGAAAGGGGGUUGGAAAAGCUUUCAUUGUUGCCUUCAGAUCCGGUGCUGUCAUGGGUUUCCUGCUUGCAGCUAAUGGUCUAUUGGUGCUGUACAUUACCAUCAAUCUCUUCAAAAUCUACUAUGGUGAUGACUGGGAAGGUUUGUUUGAAGCUAUAACUGGUUAUGGACUUGGUGGGUCUUCAAUUGCACUUUUUGGAAGAGUCGCUGGGGGAAUCUAUACCAAAGCUGCUGAUGUUGGUGCUGAUCUUGUGGGUAAAGUUGAGAGGAACAUUCCUGAGGAUGACCCCAGAAACCCAGCUGUUAUUGCCGAUAAUGUUGGUGAUAAUGUAGGAGAUAUUGCUGGCAUGGGAUCUGACCUGUUUGGUUCAUACGCAGAAUCUUCUUGUGCUGCUCUUGUUGUGGCUUCUAUCUCCUCUUUUGGAAUUAGUCAUGACUUGACUGCAAUGUUAUAUCCUCUUCUAGUCAGUUCUAUUGGUAUUAUUGUUUGCUUGAUAACAACAUUGUUUGCAACUGAUUUCUUCGAAAUCAAGGCUGUAAAAGACAUUGAGCCAUCAUUGAAGAGACAACUGGUUAUCUCAACUAUAUUGAUGACUAUUGGAAUUGCUGUUGUUAGUUGGGUUGCUCUUCCAUCUUCAUUCACAAUCUUUAACUUUGGUGUCCAGAAGGAUGUAAAGAACUGGCAGCUGUUUUUAUGUGUUUGUGUUGGAUUAUGGGCUGGACUUAUCAUCGGGUUUGUAACUGAGUACUACACAAGUAACGCUUACAGCCCCGUGCAAGAUGUUGCUGAUUCAUGCAGAACUGGAGCGGCUACAAAUGUUAUAUUUGGCCUUGCUUUGGGAUACAAAUCGGUGAUCAUUCCUAUUUUUGCUAUCGCAGCAAGUAUUUUUGUUAGUUUCAGCUUUGCUGCCAUGUAUGGUAUUGCAAUGGCUGCCCUUGGGAUGUUGAGCACUAUUGCUACUGGUUUAGCAAUUGAUGCAUAUGGCCCUAUUAGUGACAAUGCUGGAGGCAUUGCUGAAAUGGCUGGUAUGAGCCACAGAAUCAGAGAAAGGACUGAUGCCCUUGAUGCUGCUGGAAACACCACUGCAGCAAUAGGAAAGGGUUUCGCGAUUGGAUCUGCAGCUCUCGUGUCCUUGGCUCUGUUUGGUGCGUUUGUGAGCAGGGCGUCAAUUUCAAAUGUGGAUGUGUUGACUCCAAAGGUUUUCAUUGGUUUGUUAGUUGGUGCUAUGCUUCCAUACUGGUUCUCGGCCAUGACAAUGAAGAGUGUGGGAAGUGCGGCUCUUAAGAUGGUUGAGGAAGUGCGAAGGCAAUUCAACACCAUCCCUGGACUAAUGGAAGGAACUGCCAAGCCUGACUAUGCAACAUGUGUCAAGAUCUCAACCGAUGCUUCCAUCAAGGAGAUGAUUCCACCUGGUGCUCUUGUCAUGCUCACUCCCCUCAUUGUUGGAACCUUGUUUGGAGUCGAGACUUUAUCUGGUGUUCUUGCUGGUUCUCUUGUCUCCGGUGUUCAGAUUGCCAUCUCUGCAUCUAACACCGGUGGAGCUUGGGAUAAUGCGAAGAAAUACAUCGAGGCGGGUACUUCAGCACAUGCUAAGUCCCUUGGUCCUAAGGGAUCGGAUGCACACAAGGCAGCUGUGAUCGGUGACACUGUGGGAGAUCCCCUCAAGGAUACUUCAGGACCAUCACUCAACAUUCUUAUAAAGCUGAUGGCUGUCGAGUCGCUUGUAUUUGCUCCUUUCUUUGCGACCCAUGGUGGUUUGCUGUUCAAGAUCUUCUCUUAAGAAGGGGGUUUGAAGGAUUGAGAAGUUGUUGCAGAAAGAAUCUAUGUCUCCAAACAGCGAUGUUUUAAGUUUUCUGAGAUUCUUAUUACACCUAUCUGUCCCAUUUUUUCGUCAUGAACUUGUGUCUUGUCUCUCUGCGUAUUAUUUUUAUCUGGGUCAGCUAUGGUAAAACCGAAUCAUUUAGGUUUGAUUACAAUAUCACUGGUGUAGUUGAUGAUGACGAUGAUUAUUUGACUCAAAUUUUUGCUACUAGUAUGAUGGGAUUGUCAUCUUUAAUUAAUGUUCUAUAUUUUCAACAUUUGAUAAUAUAUUAUUCUGUAUUUUUUUGCCAA